GCACCGGCUUCUUGGAUAAGAAACAGGAUUACUCAUCCUGCUGCUAUGACACAGCAAAUCUAUCCACCCAUAAGUAUGUUUCACUGCAGUUUUGCUGAUGUCUCUCAGUUUGGAGCAUGACUGUCCCAGAAACUGAAGGCCAUUGCAAAGCCUGUGCUCUGAAGUGAAGUGCCUUUCAGUUUUGAUAAUAUGAAAAUGGGACAGUGCAUUAAAAAAAAAAAAAAAUCAAAAAAAAAGGUCAAGCCCCAUCUGAAUAUCCUGCACAUUCAGUUCUCCUCUAGAAAGGAGAGGAGAGGGACCCAGCCCUGCCAAGUGCUGGCACAUAUAACCCUGAGGGAGGCCUCUAAAGUCACCUCCAUCGUUGCCAUGUGUGCCAUGCUCCUGUGGCAUGGUCAUGUUGAAGCUGCUGCUGUUGCAUGUAGCACGUUGCUUGGGAGGUGCUUGGAUCCUGCUGCAGCAAGGGCAGUUCUGCUGGGAUGCUUCUUUUGCCUAUCUGCUGCUGAGAUGUUGCUGCUGGAGGUAGGUGGAGGCAUCUGACUCAGCCACAACAAAGUGAACGCACUCACUGAGGGUGCAAAAAAAAAAAAAAAGUGUAUCUUGAGUGACCUAAAAACCCCUGCAGACUAGCAGGAGAUCAGCAGUGGCACGUCUGUCUGCUUCCUGAGACAAAUGUGGUUCAGAUGUGGUUUAUUUCAAAAAAAAAAAAAAAAAAAAAAAAAAAAAAAAGUGGGUGUGCUGGGUGCGGAAGACUUUGGGGCACAGUUGUCAUACAGUGAUACUCCAGCAGAAGGCAAUGGUGCCUAAGGCAGGAAGGGAGGAGGGGGAAAUCCCAGAGGAGGAGGGUGGUCUUUGGGGAAAGGAAGGAAGUAUUUUAGUGGGUCUAAAAUACCCAGCCCUUUGAGCCUCUAGGAGCUUGAUGCUGACUGGGGACAAGGGCGGAACAGGGCCAGGUCACAGGCCAUGGGAGAUGUCCUACCCUCUGGUGGUCUGUGGGGGCCUUUGCAUGGAAAACUGGGGGUUAAAUCCAUUGCCUACACCUCAAGGGGUCCUGAUGACCUUGGAAAUGACUUGGGGUAGGUCCUCGUGCCCUGGUUAAGCAAGGAGCAGUGUAGCAAUCUUUGCAUUUUCAGUGCUGACCCUAGUUUCCCUUCUAAAGCCACAGCACAAUUCUUUUGCCUCCUGCCAGCCUGGGGUAGCUUAUCUAUCCUGCCUCACAGGAGGAAAACUGGGCAAGGAAAAAGAAAGGGAGAAAAGAAGGAGAAGGAGGAGAGAGCAGGAGGAAGGCUCUGAGGAAGAAGGAGCGUGUCUGAAAGACAGGAGGGAGCCAUCACGGCUCCUCAGCCGGUGGCUAGCAGCAUGGUAUGAACUGGGACUGGGAUCACACCGGUGUGUGAAGCUGUGAGUCAGACACAUUCCUGUGCAGUGGGCAAGGCUCUCCAGGGGUGGGUUAAGGGGGGUGGGAGGGGGUCACAUCUCUUCAGCAUCUGAGCUGAAAGAACAGAGGCUAGGGAGAAGGAGAAACCCACUUGUCCGUGGAGUCGGCUGUUUUUCUGCCCAGCAAACACUGGAGGAGCAAGAAGCGAGGAGCUGGUGAAGAGCACAGACCUUUCCUCUGGGUUGGCAGCGGUUACUUUACACCUGUCAGCCUGGAAGGGGAGGGUGGCGUCCCUUUUUCGGCCGUUAUUUGAUGAAAACCGCUGGACGGAGCUUGUGACGGACAAGAUAAGCAAAAUGGACUGUAUGGCUGGAGGUGAGGAAUAGACUCCCCUGGAGCACCUUACGUCUGCGGAGCUCACGCCAUUUAUCUGGGCUUCCCUUAGGAAUAUUGGUGUCUCGUAUAGCAAGCAGGGAGGGCAGAGAGAAGGAACAGGUCUCUCACAGCCCGAUUGCUCUCCCACCACAAUCCCCAAGAUGUCUCGUGACCCUGCCCUCAUCAGUGUCAGGCCUGGAGAGGAUCCUGAGGGUGGCAGCUUCUCGGAGGAAAGCGGCGGUGGGAGUGACAGCAGUAGUGUCCUGGGAGAGGACAGCCCCGUCACGGGGCCGCUGGGCACAGUGCUGCUGCUGGUGUGCCUGGUUGGGAUGGUCGGGAACAUCUACACGGUGCUGGUGGCCUCCGGCAGGGUGUCGGGCCGCUCAGCAGGCUCCCUGGGGGUCUACGUGAUCAACCUCGCCCUGGCCGACCUCCUGUACCUCUCCACCAUCCCCUUCGUGCUCUGCACCUACUUUGCCCACGACUGGUUCUUCGGGGACGCGGGCUGUAGGAUUUUGCUCAGCCUGGACCUCCUCACCAUGCACGCCAGCAUCUUCCUUCUGACCGCCAUGAGCCUGGAGCGGUACUGGGCCGUCACCAAGCCGCUGCGGGCCAGGCGGGCCGGCAACGCUUACCGCAGGCUGGCCAGCGCCGUCCUCUGGCUCCUUGCGCUCCUGCUGACGGCCCCCAUGAUGGCGAUGACCCAGCUGCGGGAGGGGGACGGCCCCCACAAGCGCAUCUGCGUCCCCACCUGGACGCCGGCAGCCUUCCGCCUCUACCUGACGGUGCUCUUCGCCACCAGCGUCCUGGUGCCCGGCAUGGUGCUGGGCAUUGUCUACACCCGCCUGGCCCGGGCCUACCGCUCCUCCGCCUGGCCCUCGGGGCUGCCGGCGGCUGGCCGGGCUCCCAGCCGGCGUCUUUCCUCCAGGAUUUCUGCCAUCGUGGUGGCCUACUGGGCCUGCUUCCUCCCCUUCUGGGGCUGGCAGCUGGCUGGGUUGUACCAGGGCGAGGGGCUGGGUAUUGGCCCCACCGCCCAGGCCUAUCUAAAUUUUGGUGUCACCUGCCUGGCCUAUGGAAACAGCUGCAUCAACCCCUUCCUCUACACCCUGCUGGCCAGCAGCUACCACCGGCGCCCUGGCCACAGAGGGUCAGGGAUGGCGUGGCCCCAAACACCCUCCCUUGAUGCCAUGGGAGGGCACAGCAUCCCCCUGGCUUCUGGGGAAAUGUUGGGGGAAAAUGUGGGAAGCCCCAGGUCUUGAGCAGCUCCCUGGGUGAGCGGCACCUCCCAGGCUUUUGUGGGAGUUGAGACAUGAAA